UAUCUUGAUCAUAUAGUGUGUACAUUUCAUUUGCAGGUAAAAGUUUCAUUUGAUCUGAACACUAUUCAGAUAAAAUACCUGGAUGAGGAAAAUGAAGAGGUAUCCAUCAACAGUCAAGGAGAAUAUGAAGAAGCACUUAAGAUGGCAGUUAAGCAGGGAAACCAACUUCAGAUGCAAGUCCAUGAAGGCUGCCGUGUCGUUGAUGAAGCUCCACCCCCAGUUCUAGCAGAAAAACCGCCAGUUUCGAGGACAGGGAAAAAGCCACUUGCACAUUAUUCUUCACUGAUGAGAGUCUUGGGAUCAGACAUGAAGACCCCAGAGGAACCUGCACCACAGCAGUUUCCGCUUGCUCCAUCUGACGCAGACCAGCCUCAAGACAGGCCCCCAGACUGGUUCACAAGCUACCUGGAGACAUUCAGAGAACAAGUGGUUAAAGAAACUGUUGAGAAACUGGAACACAUAGAGCAAAUACAGGAGUGUGGUCUCAUAGUUCCCUACCUCAUGUAUUUCCCACUGUGCCUUUUUCUCUCCCAUAGCCUGUGCCCAUCCUACAAUAUCUGUGAAGAUUGUGAAUCCGGGCCCUAUGUCCAUGACUCCAACCAUGUCCUCCUGAAGCUGCGGAGACCUGUUGUGGGCUCCUCUGAAUCGUUCUCUCACUCAAGGUUCUCUACUCCUCGUCUUCCUGCUGCUCUGGAACAAGCCAGGCUCCAGAAGCAGGUUGACAAGAAUUUUCUUAAAGCAGAAAAGCAAAGGUUGCGAGCUGAGAAGAAACAGCGUAAAGCAGAGGUCAAGGAACUUAAAAAGCAGCUUAAACUCCGCAGGAAGAUUCAUCUGUGGAAUUCCAUCCAUGGACUCCAGAGCCCCAAGUGUCCCUUGGGCCGACCUGAGAGCUUACUGCAGUCUAACACCCUAAUGCUCCCUUUGCAGCCCUGUGCCCCAGUUAUGCCAACCCUCAGUGCAGCAUUUGUGGAUGAGAAUUUGCCUGAUGGGACUCACCUUCAGCCAGGAACCAAGUUUAUCAAACACUGGAGGAUGAAAAAUACAGGAAAUGUGAAGUGGAGUACAGAUACGAAGCUCAAGUUCAUGUGGGGGAACCUAACUAUGGCUUCAACAGAAAAGAAGGAUGUUUUGGUCCCCUGCCUCAAGGCUGGCCAUGUGGGAAUUGUGUCUGUGGAGUUCAUUGCCCCAGCCUUGGAGGGAACAUACACUUCCCACUGGCGGCUUUCUCACAAAGGCCAGCAGUUUGGACCUCGGGUCUGGUGCAGUAUCAUAGUAGAUCCUCUCUGCUCCACAGAAAGCUCUGAUAACAUUGAAAAGAGCAUGAUUAACUCAAGCAAAACUGGUGAUCUCACCUGCCAGCAAGAGGAAACUUUUCUUCUGGCUAAAGAAGAAAUUCAGCUUGGGGCAACUGAACAGACAGAAGGGACAGGAACCUACAUGCCACAGAAGACAAAAAAUGUUGCCAGCGAGAGGGAGCUCUACAUCCCAUCUGUGGACCUUUUAACUGCCCAGGAUCUGCUGUCCUUUGAGCUGUUGGAUAUUAACAUUGUCCAAGAGUUGGAGAGAGUGCCCCAUAACACCCCUGUAGAUAUGACUCCCUGCAUGUCUCCUCUGCCACAUGACAGCCCUUUAAUAGAGAAGCCAGGCUUGGGGCAGAUACAGGAAGAGAGUGAAGGGGCGGGACUUAAAGCUCUCUCUGAUUCCACAGCAUCAGCAAAGAGGAGGGCUGAGAAUAUUACUUCAGUGGAGGAGGCAGAAGAUGACCUGAGUGGGACCCAGUUCGUGUGUGAGACUGUAAUCCGAUCCCUUACCUUGGAUGCUGCCCCAGACCACAACCCACCUUGCAGACAGAAGUCUCUGCACAUGAAAUUUGCCUCACCUGAGGAAGGACCACUUGGAGAUGAGAGAGAGGAGAUGGUCCAUAUCUCUGAGGAAGAGGCUAUUGUGGAGGAGGAAGAAGAGGAUGAGGAGGAUGAGCUCAAAGACGAAGUUCAGAGUCAGUCCUCUGCUUCUUCAGAGGAUUACAUCAUCAUCCUGCCUGAAUGCUUUGACACCAGCCGCCCCCUGGGGGACUCCAUGUACAGCUCUGCCCUCUCACAGCCAGGCCUGGAGCGAGGGGCUGAAGGCGAGCCUGGGAUUGAGGCUGGGCAGGAACCAGUCGAGGCUGGGGAAACACCCCCUGGAGGGGAGACCCAGCCGCAGGGGUACAGCAUCAAUGACAUCCUCAUGACCUCACAGACUCUGGAUACAGUGCCACUCACCCCAGAGGUGGUGGGCCCUCCACCACGGCUGCCCAGGAGCCCUCCUUGUGCACAGCAGCAUGGCUCCCCAGGAGUGGAUUUACCGGUUACCAUACCAGAAGUUUCUUCAGUCCCUGAUCAGAUCAGAGGAGAGCCCAGAGGCUCAUCAGGACUUGUAAACAACAGACAGAAGAGCUAUGACCACUCAAGGCACCACCACCAUGGGAGCAGCAUUGCUGGGGGACUGAUGAAGGGGGCUUUGUCAGUUGCUGCUUCUGCAUACAAGGCCUUGUUUGCUGGACCACCAGUCACUGCACAGCCAAUAGUUUCGGAAGAUCAGACAGCAGCCCUGAUGGCCCAUCUCUUUGAAAUGGGAUUCUGUGACAGGCAGCUGAACCUGAGGCUGCUGAAGAAACACAAUUACAACAUCCUGCAGGUUGUGACAGAACUUCUUCAGGUCAACAACAACGACUGGUACAGCCACCGCUAUUGAGAAGUGACCAUGUAUUAAAUAACUUCGCCUGCUGCUCA